GCGAGCAUAGAGCACGGACGCGUGUCGCCAUCUUGUCUGUCAAAGUUCCCGCGCGAAUUCCGAACUUUUUUUUCCAUUGCAGUUUUUGAAUUCCGAAUCGCCGUGUGUUUUUUUUGUGCAUUUGUGUGUGGCAUGGAUUUUUGAGGUUCUACUCAAUUUUUCGGACUCUGGAAAGAUUAAAAAUGGAGUUGAAAUCACCGAAAGCGAAGAAAAAGUCGAGCUUCGCGAAGCUAGUGUCGUGGGGCAAAAUGUUCCGUGCGCCGAUACUCAUGCUGUUCCUUUUGGGCAGCACUAGCUGUGACGACAGUGAUUCUAGUGACGAACUGGUGCCCCUAGUUCCAAAAUCAAACAUUACAAAUUCAAAUAACUUUUUAAACGAACCGAAGUGGAGGCAUAAGCAUACACAUGUGCUGCCUAAUGUGAACGUCAGUUUUAGUGACAAGGAGGUUUUAAGUGACAUAAGAUAUUUGCGAAGGAGGUUGAAUAAGAAGAUUGUGAACUUUGUGAUGACGGAUUUUCUUGUUGAUGGUGAAGUGGAGAAUCGGAUCCAUUUUAACGGCAUCACGGCGAAAGAGACAUCUGUUGGGGCUGACGGACUCGGGUUGAAACUCCGGCAGCUGACAGACGGACGCCAUUUUGUUCAAGUAAUUUACGCCCCAAACGGCGAAGUGCAAGACUGCGAAUACAUAACGCAAGGGAAAUCAGCCAGAAACUUCCUAAAAACUUUGAGAAAAGAAUUAAAACUGGCCUUAGAUGAAGAAGGUUACAGAUUGACUCAGAAAAAAAGAAGUGACGACGAAGAAAAAUUUUACCGCCAAUUUGGUAAUUUGACAUUACGAAUACUGAGGAAAGGCGAGCGAUUGCCACCAGAUGUCGCUACUUGGUUCAAUUACGACAGAUUAAAAAUGGAAUGCCUACAAAGGCACGAAGAACUGGCUCAUAUGAUGGAAAAUAGGAACAAAAUCUCAGAGAAUUCUUUAGCUAGGUCGCGCAGGUCAUUCCGUGAAAAUUUCAUAGUGCCGGGGACGAAGUGGUGCGGCGCCGGCCAGUUGGCCGAAACCUACGCCGAACUGGGGGACGAUCAUAGGAACGAAGACCGCUGCUGUAGAGCACACGAUAACUGUAGACGAAACAUCGGCCCCUUCAAGAAGAGGUUCGGCUACUUCAACUUUAGGCCGUACACGGUGUCUCACUGCCGAUGCGAUAGGAGACCGAAACGCGACGCGAUGGAACUCCUUCGAGUACCGGGUACCAAAUGGUGUGGCAAGGGUUUUUCUGCCACGCGGUAUUCUCAACUCGGAGGGUAUACAAGAACUGACAGAUGCUGCAGGGUCCACGACCUAAGGUGUCCGUUUUGGAUCGGGGGUAUGGAGAAGAAGUAUGGGCUGUACAAUUGGCGCGUAAACACGCUGAUGCAUUGUCGCUGUGACGAAAGGUUCCGCGCGUGUCUCAAGCUGGCAGACACCUCAGUCUCCAACAUGGUGGGCAAGCUGUUCUUCAACGUGGUCCAGACCAAGUGUUUCGUGCUGAAACCAGUGAAGAUCUGCACCAAGCGAUCCUGGUGGGGCCGGUGCCUCAGCCGGGGGUACCAUAAGCAAGCCUUCUUGAGGGACAACUUGCCGUAUUAGGCUUUUUAUUUAGAUGGUAAUACCAAUAAAUUGGCAGGUACUCUGAGGGAAGCAUUC